UGUUUUCUUGGUAUUCGUCAUUUGGUAGCCUGGCGAGGCGAUUGAAAUAUGUCCAAGAAACUAAACACUAGUGCAGGUGGUACGCCCAAGAAUACGCUGUUCAACUACUUUGCCAAAUCGCCAGUCGUUGACAAAAAGAAACUAGCGCCGAGCAAUGGUAACAAUGGAGCUGAGCUCCAAAAAGAGAAUCUCCAGAAUGGGAAUAUUAAGGAAGUGAAAAAAGAAUCCAAGCCAGUUGCCAGACGUAAAUUGCCAACAGCUACGGAAGACAGCGACCAGGAGGAGGAGAUUGGCAAAGGUAAACGUAAGCGCAUUGCAUUACCCGAAUCAGAGAGCGAGGAGGAAUACGAAUCCAAAUCGGAGCCAGACUUUUCCGAUGAUGGCUCAGACUAUCAGCCCGAUGCCAAGGAGUCUACCUUCAGCGGAGAUAGUGCCAGCGGUGAAGAAGAUGAUGAUAUUAGUGAACCUGGCACUGAAGACGAGCCUACACCCAAGAAGCAACGCAAGAAGUCCGCAAAAAACUUUCUUAACAACAAUAAUAAUGAAGAGCCAGCUAGUAAGAAGGCUAAGAUUGAGACGCCAGCCUUGGUUGCAGGCGGCACCUUCAUGGAAAAGCUGCAGCAGCUGCAAAGUAAUGCCAAAAAGGAUGCUGCUUACGAUGAGAUCGUGACCACCACAUCGAAUCUGGACGAGCCCACUGUCUGGCCACAUCAGAAGCUGGACUUCUUGCAGCCGGACAAGAUCAAGGACAAGGCUGGCCGGCGACCAGACCAUCCCGAGUACGACAAGAGCACAUUGCAUGUGCCCGAGAAGUUCCUCAAUACGCUGUCGCCGGCCAUGCGCCAAUGGUGGGUCCUAAAGGCAGACAACUUUGACUGCGUGCUAUUCUUCAAGGUGGGCAAGUUCUAUGAGCUGUAUCACGGCGAUGCCGAUGUGGGCGUCAAUGAGCUGGGCUUUACCUACAUGCGCGGCGAAUUCGCGCACUCGGGCUUUCCGGAAAUCUCUUUUGAUAAGAUGUCCUCCAUACUCGUAGACAGAGGCUAUAAGGUCGCCCGUGUGGAGCAAACGGAGACACCGGACAUGAUGACAGAGCGUUGCAAGCGCAUCAAGUCCACUAAAUACGACAAGGUUGUGGCUCGCGAGAUCUGUCAGAUCACAGAUCGAGGCACUCAAGUAUUUGGCUCGCAGUGCGCCAUUGGCCCCAAUCAUCAGCCCAACUAUAUGCUAGCCAUAGUGGAGCAGGAUGAAGGCACCAGCAGCAAAUAUGGCAUUUGCUUCAUAGACACCUCCAUUGGUGAUUUCCAUGUGGGUGAAUUUGACGAUGACAAGAGCUGCUCUCGCCUCUUGACACUAAUCUCCCACAACAUGCCCGUGCUGUUGCUCCAUGAGAAGGCUGCGCUUAGCUCUCGCACUCAACAGAUUCUACGCACUGUUCUGGGCGGCAUACAGAAGGAGCAGCUGCCGGGAGCUGGCAGUCAGCUCUGCAGCGCAGAGAAGACGCUGAAGCUGCUGGCGGAGCGCUACUAUGCUGGCACUGGCAACGAGGACAACUGGCCGCUGGUGUUGCGCACCAUGCAGUCGGACACGGAUCACUUGGGUCUCACGCCUGCAGAGCCCUAUAAGUUGGCACUUAAAGCUUUGGGUCAAUGCAUUCACUACAUAGCCAAGUGUAAGCUGGAGCCCAAGGUGCUGCCUAUGGCGCGCUAUCAGUUGUAUGUGCCGCCCGAUGAACAGCAGGAGGAGACGGCGAAGCCAAAAUUAACCUCUGCACCGCUGCAGCGCUCGCACAUGGUCUUGGAUGCAACCACAUUGUCCAAUUUGCGCAUUGUUGGCGAGGAGCACUCGUUGCAGUCCACGUUGGACCACUGCUGCACCAAGUUUGGAAAGCGGCUGCUGCACCAUUGGCUCUGCGCGCCCAGCUGCGAUUUGACUGUGUUGCGCGAGCGGCAGGAGGCGAUUGGCGAGCUGCUGAGCCAGCCGGAUGAGCUGCAGCAGCUGCGCGCCUUGCUGGCGCCUAUGCCGGACUUUGAGCGGCAUUUGGCUCAGAUUCAUUUGUUUGGCAACAAAUUCAUAAGCCAAACGGAGCAUCCAGACUCCAGGGCCAUACUUUUCGAGGAGAAGCUCUACAAUAAACAAAAGCUGCGCAGUUUUAUGAGCAUCCUCAAGGGAUUUGAGACAUUGAUGCAGUUGCCAGAGAUGUUCCAACGAUGUGAAACGACGCUACUGAGGCGCUUGACUCAGCUGUCAUCCAAUGGGGGCAACUAUCCCGACCUCAGCAAGCAGCUGAAGUUCUUUGAGAACGCCUUCGACCACGAGGCAGCUGCCAAGGCGGGCGUCGUCGCCCCGCAGCCGGGCAUGGACGCGGACUACGAUGAGGUGCAGCAGCGCAUAGCUGAGGUCGAGGAGCGUUUGCAGGCCUAUUUGAAGGAGCAAGAGCGUCACUUUGGCUGUCGCGUUACCUACUUUGGCUCCGACAAGAAGCGCUACCAGUUAGAGGUGCCCGAAACACAUGCCCACAAGGCCAACAAGACGUAUGCGCUGGAGGGCCAGGUGAAGGGUAAGAAGCCAGCUCGCCGCUACAUCACUACGGAGACCAAGGCGAUGCUGAAGGACAUGCAGCAGGCCGAAGAUGCCCGCAAUGCUGUACUCAAGGACUUGGCGCGUCGCCUCUUUGAGAAGUUCUCCAAUCACUACGAACAGUGGAAGCAGUGCAUCGACUGUGUGGCCACGUUGGAUGUGCUCGCCGGUCUGGCUGAAUAUGCGCGCCAGCAGCUGGUCAUCUGUGUGCCAGAGCUCGUGUCGGGACAGGCUCAGCCCUUCAUUGAACUAGAGGAGGGCUAUCAUCCAUGCGCCAAUCCAUCUACAUAUAUACCCAACGGCCUGCAGCUUGGCACAGAGACGGAGGCCCCCCUGUCGUUGCUCACUGGCCCAAAUAUGGGCGGCAAGAGCACAUUGAUGCGGCAGCUCGGCUUGCUGGUCAUCAUGGCACAAAUUGGUGCUCACAUUCCUGCGGCCAGCUGUCGGAUGUCGCUUGUGGAUCGUAUUUUCACUAGGCUGGGCGCUCAGGAUGACAUCCUGGCUGGGCACAGCACGUUCCUCGUGGAGCUGAAUGAAACAUCGCUUAUACUUAAGCAUGCCACACCGAAUUCCUUAGUGCUGCUCGAUGAGUUGGGACGCGGCACGGCCACAUAUGACGGCACCGCCAUUGCAGCGUCUGUGGUGAACUUUUUGGCCAAUCUGAAGUGCCGCACCUUGUUCUCCACGCACUACCACAAUCUGAUUGAUUUCUUCCACAUGGACAAGCGCAUUACCCUGGGCCAUAUGGCCUGCAUGGUUGAGAACGAGGACAAUGCAGAUCCCACCCAGGAGACGGUCACCUUCUUAUACAAAUACACAGCGGGCGCCUGUCCCAAGUCGUACGGCUUCAAUGCAGCCAAGCUGGCGGGCAUGCCACAUGGCAUUAUUAAACGCGCUUACGAGCUAUCCAAGAAAGUUGAAGCAAUUGCACUGCAACGCAAAAUCACAGCGAAAAUUGUGACAGCAACGGCACUUGGAGAUAACAAAAAGCACGAGAGACUUAACAACUUGAAAGAUUUGCUUAUGCAGCUAAAAAUGUGCCAUGUGUGAGCUGCAGCUGCUGCUGCUGAAGCCAGCUAUGAGGGAGGCUAAAAUUUGAAGAGCCAAGCGUUAAUAUUUGUUAAGUAUCGUUUUAAUAUGUGUGCACAGCUUGCAUUGCUGUCGUCGAUAUUAUACGACAUUUUUUGUAUACGUUUGCUUUUUAAGCUCAUCCAAAAUACUUUGAACACGAAUGCCAUAGGUUUAUCCAUACACCUGAUAAUAGUAUUUGAAAUAGUGAUUAAGAAUUGAGC